AUGGAGGCGUUGCAGUUGGUGGCUCUCGAUUUUCCACUUCGUCAUUCCCUUCCCAAAAGCAUCGUUUCCCUUCCUUCCUCUCAAUUGCUCUCCGUGGUGUUCCGGCGUUGUAGAGGGAGCGGCGGAGGCGGCAGGCGGUGGUGGGGUCCGAGGGCGUUUGCGGUGGAGGUAUCGGAGGGAGGGAAGAUGGUGAUGGAGCUGGUGGGAGCGUUCAAUGAGUUGACAGAGAGAAUGAACGUGUUGUCGACGAGUUCUUCUCGUCUUCUGUUCAAGUGCCUCAAACUCUCCAUCCCCAUCCUCCAAGCUUCCCCUCUCUCUCCCGAUGGCCGUUCCCCUCUCUCCAAGGCUUUGUCCGUCGCCAUGCUCCUCGCCGAUCUCCAAAUGGAUGCUGAAGUUAUCUCUGCUGGGAUAUUAAGAGAGGUGUUGGAAGCCGGUCAGUUGAGCAUACACGAAAUUCGGAAUCAGAUGGGUUUGGCCACUGCUCAUUUGCUUCACGAGAGUUUUCGUGUGAACAAUAUUUCAUCCAGAAUAGAUGUUGUGGAUGACGGCAAUGCUGCUGCAAUGAGAAAGUUCUGCCUCACUUACUAUGACAUCAGGGCUUUGAUUCUGGACCUGGCUUUAAAGCUUGACAUGAUGAGACACCUUGAUUAUCUUCCCAGAUAUCAGCAGCAGAUAAUUUCUUUGCAGGUUAUGAAGAUACAUGCCCCUCUUGCUUAUGCUGUGGGUACUACCUACUUGUCACUGGAAUUGGAAGAUCUCUCAUUUCAGUACUUGUUUCCUUAUUCAUAUCUUUAUGUGGAUGCAUGGUUGCGAAGUCAUGAAACUGGCGGUGUAUCUCUUAUUGACAUCUACAAGGAGGAACUGCUCCAGACUCUGAAGGCUGAUCCCUUGCUCACGGAACUUGUGGAUGAUGUAUCAGUCAAAGGUCGAUAUAAGAGUCGAUAUAGUACAAUGAAGAAGUUGUUGAAGGAUGGUAGGAAGCCAGAAGAUGUGAAUGAUGUGCUUGGGAUGCGAGUGAUAUUGAAUCCUAAAGCAGGAGAGAAUGCAUCAGAGGCGGGAGAGAGAGCUUGCUAUAGGUGUCAUCAGAUCAUCCAGUCUAUGUGGAAGGAAAUUCCUUAUCGGACAAAGGACUAUAUUGCCAGGCCAAAAGCAAAUGGGUAUAAAAGUUUGCAUAUGGCAGUUGAUGUGAGUGAAAAUGGUAAGAUCAGACCGCUGAUGGAAAUCCAGAUAAGAACAGCUGAAAUGGACAGGUUAGCAGUUGGUGGAACAGCGGCCCAUUCCUUAUACAAGGCUGGCCUUACUGAUCCUGAGGAGGCGAAGCGUCUUAAGACCAUCAUGUUGACUGCAGCUGAAUUGGCUGCUCUGCGCCUAAAAGAUUUUCCAGGCACAAAUCAUAAAGGGAUUGAGAUUGAUCAGAGGGAUAGAGUUUUUCGCCUUCUUGAUAAGAAUGGGGAUGGUAAAAUUAGCAUUGAAGAGCUUACAGAAGUUAUGGAGGAGCUUGGUGCUCCAGGAGAAGAUGCACGAGAAAUGAUGCAGCUCCUUGACUCAAACAGUGAUGGCUCCCUCAGCUGUGACGAAUUCCAUAUGUUCCAGGAACAGGUUGAGUUGGUGCGUAAUCUAGAAGCUCGAGAUGAUCAAUGCAAGAAAAUGUUGGAUGAGAAACUUCGAAUAGGAGAUGAGAGUGGUUUAAUUCAGGUUUACAAUAAGGAGUUUGGUAGCAGGCUUGCGAGCUAG